AUGGACAUAGCAAAUAUACAAGUAGAGAUAGCGGAGUCCAAUCAAAAACUAAAGAACUGUGAGAAGGAACUGAUUGAAUGUAAGGAGAAACUGAAUGAAUGUAAGGAAAAACUGAAGGAAUGCUUGGAAGCCCAAAACAACUCAAAUAACGAUGAGUACUUCCAAAACGAAGAAUCAACCUAUCGACGUUUGAAGGAUUUGUCUCCGGAGAAACGGUUGCAAACACUGCAGGAUGAGGAAAAGAAUGUGAGUGCGAGGUUCACAGCUUUGGAGCAAACAAGGGCAGCUUUGGAGCAAACAAGGGCAGUUUUGCAGGGGGAAAGGCUCCUGGUACUGCAACGGAGUGCAUCCAAUUCCGAACAAGGACUCUUUAUGAACACUGAGGCUCGGCAUAAAUCAGACCAAGAAAUGGAUUCCAACCUUCGUUUCACUAGAAGUGGAGCGUCGAGUCGACUCAGCUAUAAAGGAAAAGACGCAAUCGUGGGUCUCUGCUGCCCCCGUGAUCAAAAACCUUCGAUAGAAUUGAAAGAUAUAGAAGGAUAUGAAGAUCUAUGGAAGCAGGCUGAAGGAGAUGGUCUAGAGUUUGAUGAAGAUGGUGCCAUGGAUGACGCCACAAGACGUCGUGUAAAAGAAGCGCUGCGGAAGAAGUUCCCCCAUUCGUUCGAACAAAGGUACUUUGGAGUAUCGGUAGAGUUUCUAGUGCAAAAGCACGUUCGCAGUCUGGACGGAGUGGGCGAAAUGUUUUUGCACUAA